CGCGAUUCCGCGCGAGUGCGUCUACUGCUGCUACUCUCUGCUACUACUCCGUGUAUGUGUUGUGCGAUGAUAGUGGUAUUGCGUUUCGGUGUUAUGCUAUUGCUUUCGCGGCAAGAUUUGUGAGUGAGCGGCAAAUAUGGCAAAUUUAGUACCGGACAGGUGGCUCGAGUACAAACCUGUUGGUGAUGUGAUCAAGGGCACUCAAAUCUUGGCGUUCAAGGUUCCUCUUAAAGAAGCUUUUGUCAAGAAUCUGGAACCGGAACAACAAUUCACGACGACGAAAUUGCUGCAAGACUUCCCGCAUGUCAAGUACAUCAUCGACCUGACAAAUACACUUCGCUACUACGACAAGAAGGAGUUUACCGAUGCUGGGAUCAAAUACGAGAAGAUCGCUAUACCAGGAAGGAAGGUACCACCUAUGGACAUAAUCAAAAAAUUCUUUAAAGUGAUGGAUGAUUUCACGUCAGCGUGCGGUGAAGGUGAGCUUAUAGGCGUCCAUUGCACACAUGGUGUUAAUCGCACCGGAUAUUUGAUUUGCAGAUAUCUCAUUCAACAAUUGGGUUGGGAGACUCAAGAUUCUUUGGAAGCUUUCGGAGAAGCGCGCGGUUACCCAAUCGAGCGCGACAUUUACCUCACCGCGCUAAAGGCAGUCCAACGCGGCGAGAAGAUCGACACGAGCAAGGUCGUUUUGCAGCCAACGAAUACUAUCUUGUCCCCCAUGAAGAACACGAAAAUGCGCCCGCCGAUGGGCCCAAUGGGACCACCGGUUUUCGCGAGACUGCGUCGAGGUUCCGCAAACGGCGUGCUAUUCCCGCCCCAGAGAUAUGGUUUCGUGGGUCCACCGCCAGGAUUCAGGCCUAUGCCGCCUCCUGGCUUGCCGCCCAUACCACCGCCUGUAGGCCCACCACACUACGGACCCAGGCCGCUUAGGUACGGAAUGCCGAUGCGUCCGGCGCUACCGACGCCGCCCGGGCCAGGAUUUCCACUUCCUGGCUUUCCGCUGCGUAUGCCAGGACCGCCGAGAAUGGCUGGUCCACCGAGGUUACCACCGGCCGGUCCCGCGGCGCGACUACCACCCCCUAAAAUGCCGCCGCCUCCACCGCCGCUCUCGAGAACGACUGUGAGUAAGCAGCUGCACGUGCAGAAGAAGAAGCAGAUCCGAAACGGCAUCGCAGAGCGUUCGGUGAACAUCCGCUCGAGACGGAACGGUCCGGCCAACAGCAGGAUCAUAUCCAAGAUGCUCAAGGAGCAAGAUUUCACCGUGGACACGUUCGAGGAAAAUCUACUGACUACCUCGAUCACCGGCCAGCUGCGACGGCCAAUGAGAGGACGCUACAGUCAGGCCAAGUGACGAUGUACUCGUUAGGUGCGCGAUAUGUUACUAUAAACGUUACAAUAUUUCGUGUAUUCCGCGUCACCGUUAUCGCGGGUCACCGUUAUCGCGGGUCCCCGCGAUUUUAUAAACGCGCUUACGCGCCCAAACUCGUCGACGGCGUUUACAAUGAACAAUGAUGACCGUUUUCCCGACGGGUCCACGAUUUCUCAGUUUUUCAACAGCGAAGUUUGACAUUAAUCACAAUCCUUAAGACGUGAUUGCGCAUAGCGCAUCUAUUUCACUGUCGAUAAUAAAUCCUUUUCAAAUAGAUUCGUUAUCUAACUUGAUAACGUAUCAAGACCGUAUCAGAGCUACGUUUAUUACUGAUGAGUGAGCAUACCUUGUUGGGAACCUCAUGAUAAUAGCGUCCAUUGUAAUCUUUCUUUCUGAUUUGUGUAUUAUAUGUGUGACGAGAUGUACAUAUAUACAUCAUAUGCAGCUUUAUUAUUUUAGGGAAAAACGGAGAAAUUCAUUUAGGUUAGAUUCGGUAUCACGAGAUUGUAACCAAAAUUUGUUGAGAGUCAUCGUAUCGCAAAAACACGUUUAUGUAUUUGUCUCAUGGAAAAAAAAUAUGUGUACCUUAGGGCAAAAUAUUAAUGACUUUGUUUUAUGCCAUAUCUAUAGAUUAAGUCAGAGUCGGGUAUUAAUAGAUUGAAAUUUUUCCUGACUAAAAUAAAUCGAUAAAUCAAUAAUAAAAAUCAAUCGUUAUGUGUUAUUGCAAAUAACUUAAUCGAUUGAUACAAUUAAUUGUUAUAUUCAAUCACAUCAAAAUUUAGUUAAUAAUUACAAUCGAUUAUAUGUUUAUAUAUAUAUACACACACACACACACACACACACAUAAUAAUUGUCUUUUUAUUAUUGAUUUGCCGAUUAUUUUAGUCAAAGGACAUUUUAAUCGAUCAAUGUCCAACUGGAGUAAGUGUAAGCAUAUCUCCAACAUGGUUUGUAUUAGAAGAUAAUCGCUCCAUUUGUUAUUUGAGAGUUUAGUAUGGCCAUUUUCAGUUUACAGUUUACACUACUGUUUAAAUUGCAACUUAUCGUUGAUAAGUAUCGUAUUUAAAUCGACUAAUUCUUGGCAGAUCAAAAUGUUUUCAAAGUGAAACAAACAGUAACUCUCUCUCUCUCUGUGUACAAUUUUAAAUAAAAUAUAAAUAUGUAUUUAACUAUGUA